UGUGUUGACCAUAACCUUUUUUCUACACUCAAUCUUCAAUAUGGUUCAUGUUGACACAUAAAGUUUGCAGAUGAAUUUGACAUGCAAUGGACUACAUUUGUUGACAUUUCAAGCUAAUUACCAAAUAUUAUGCCAUGCCGAACAUAUAUGAAUUUAGUAAAUCUUUGACAUGUCUCCUGUUAAUCCUUGCUGCCUGGAGUGCCUAUGCCGAAGGUUACUAUUUUACGGAUCGAUGCGUCAACGCCACUUCACGAUGUUAUGACGACAAUAUUUUAUUGGACUGCACGCGCCCGGAGGCAUUCAUCUCCUGCAUUGAGAGCCUCUGCAGUUCCAUGGAACAAAAAAUGCUGCUCUCUUGGAAGUGUCUGCUAACGUUUUCAAUUGAGAAGAUCGCCAGCAUGCGAGGCGUCAGCAGCCGCUGCGCAAGCAAAGCUCGAGAGUACAGUUUUAACUACAUGCCCCGAAUAUUUCAAUUGCUGUAUCUGGCCUGUACACGGAUCAACUCCGCCGGCGACAUGGUCUUUUUCAACGAAAGCUGCUCGGACAACGAGCUUGGGAUGUUGGUGUUUGAGAUUUGUGAUCCCUGGAACCAGCCCUUGUCAGCGAUCAUCAGCACUCACUGUCAGCCUGACAUCGACACCUGCCUGAUGAAGCCUGUAGUAGACGAAGAGAAGACCGUGCCUUACAACAUCACUAGCUGCUUGAAGAGACAGUGCAGCGCGACAGGCACUCAGUACCUCAUCAACAGAAGACUGAUGGCGACAACUGAGCUCAAUGAAGUCUAUCAGGAUCUGGACACGGAACUUAAAACCUGCGCGUCCUUCAUCGAAUGCUACCACCAGAAGCGGCCCGUGCAGCUGCGGUGGUACGAUGGCCUUGAGCUGAACUUCACUCUCUGCAUGGGGGACGUAGACGUGUGGUUGCCGUGCUUCCAGGCAGAGGAGAACAUCAAAGUGUGCAACGCGCAAAGACUGUUUUCAGCCCUCGGUAACUUAUGCUUUGACAGGACCAUGGCGGGCCUCGGGAUCAGUUUCCAGUGCGAUCGAGAGUUGAGCUUAUGCACGCAGUCACACAGGCUCCGUUCUGCUUACGUGAUCGACCAUCUUCUAAGCUGCAUCAGUAACCGUUGUACUUGGAAUGAAAAACAGAAGAUCGCUUCCGGGAUCCGCACAGCUGUAAGCCGACUGGGCAUGGUGGUCUAUCGCACCUCGAGAGCGGUGCCCACCUGCUACAGGGAAAUAGUGUAUGGCCUGUCCGAUCAUAUCAGGACACCGAAGAUGUACGACGCCAGGACAAUUGCCCAGCAUUCCUGUUUCAUGAUGAGCUCGCGACACGUCAGAGAUUGUUUAUUUUCAGACGACCAUGGUAAACGAGUUGUCAUACCUGACGAUGACAUUUCUCUGAUGAUCCGAAGAAGUAAGCUGAUCAGACAGGCGUGUUACGGUCUACCAGGGGUGCUGACUCUGGUUUGCAGUACAGACGUCUUAAGAUGUAUUGACAAAAAUAUCACCAAAUGCGAUCGGUUGCUCGAUCAAAAGAAUUGCCUACGGAAGAAAUGUAGCGAACGAGAGACGGACUACAUCCUGUCUGAAACGUGCCGCGGUAUCAACUAUGUGAGGAAUCUGAGAGCGGUCAUUGGUCAAAACUUUAUCAUAUGCGCCAAACGUAUCAUACGUUGUCUGGACGCCAUUCAUUUGCCUGGGGACGAGUGGUAUAAUGCGGAUAAGGUGGAGGAAAUAGUCUGCAGUGUUAUUCAUUCCUGGAACUUUCAGAUCUGUGUUCAAAAUGGGUCAUUAUGUAGCCACGAAGCUUACAUGUCUCUUGUAAUGGCUGCCUGCAAAAGAGUUGCAGAUACCAACGGGGUACCUGGCUCUGACUGUCUUCAACAAGCUAAACUCUGCAACUUUACUUUUGAAAACUCGUGUUUGGACCUGGACAACGAGAAUAUGACUUGCUUAAGACAGGUGUGCACUGAGGACAACGUCCGCUACCUUCGUUUCAAGGCUUGCAAAGUGCACGAGUUCCUGGGCUUGGGGGUCUACCACAUGGCUCUACUCUACCCGCCCAAGUGCGCCGUGGCCGUGCUGCAGUGCCUCAACAUCAGCAAUCACUGGUUUGAGCUCCUCGCUAGUCACCGGUAUCUAUGUUCUCUGUUGGCCUCUGAAGAGCUCACUGAUUGCACAACGAGUUUUGAUUGCGAUCAAGAGCAAGACAGAAUCGUUAAGGAAAUCUUCUGUGAUGAUCAAGUGGAUUUGUCCUUGUUUACUAAGGAAUGCGUAGCAAGGGCAGAUCAAUGCUUCGGAGCCAGAUCCUGCUCGACUGUACAAAGCGAAAGUUACUGUUUACAAAAAAACUGCACUGAAAAAGAGAGCGUCGAAAUUCUAGAAGCUUUUUGUGCCAGCGAUGAAUACAAGUCUAAGGUCAUACUUGCUGGGGGCCAAGUAGGUAAGGUCAUCUGGGGCUGUGCCCUUAAAACCUCACAAGCCAAGACUCUGGAGCGCUUCUACUACUUGUAUUUUCGAGAGACCAUCUGCAUGGCCAUGAAAGAUGCUGAAACCAAGACCUGUGCAUUUAGUGGCGGGUCCAACGAAUCAGAAUAUGACCAGGCACAGGUCGUGGCAUGCACUCUCAACUUCGACCACAUGGUAGGAAUAUCGGACCUCUGUAUUAACACGUUGAAGAUAUGUCUGUCUCGAAUAGAACCCACCCAGUGUUCCCAGCUGCAAGCUAAUGCGAUAUGCUUAAGGAAUGCGUGUCCUUUCUUGACCAUCAAGUACAUUGUGGACGAGGUGUGCUUCUCCCUGGACUACAUGCAGCAGCUCCAUCAGAGCGUCGAUUACCAGGACGAACUAUGCCGCCACGUGACACACCAGUGUUUUCACAUCACCUUCCAAGACGUGGAGAUCUGGAUGGACGUUCAUCGCAUGCAGAGGCACGUCUGCUCCAAGAUGGACAGCGAGGCUUUCAGAAUGUGUAUGAGUUCCCACUGCCCCCAGGAAGAAGUCGACCAUUUAAAAGAGUGCGCCUGUACAAAACAGUACGAGAGACAACUGAGUCGUAGUACAGGCAGCAAGUUCGAUGUUUCUAGUUGGCUUGGUUGGCGAGCGUCUACCAUCGUCUUGCAGGUGGUGUGUGUAGUGCAUAAUCUGAUCAAAACUUAUUAAGUACUCAAUGAAUUAAUACUAUAGAAAUAUAUCUACCCACGCCGGCUUGAGAAUCACUUUGAUAUAGUGAACUCUUUUAGGUUCUUUCUGAACAUCAUUUCCGGUUCAAUUGUAAGUUCGUUGCAAAGGGGGUUGGUAGUUCAAGAGUAAAUGUGCUUUUUUUUUUUAAACUGAUCAUGUUUUUAAAAAUAGAGUGUGUAAAGCUCUUUAAAUAUAUUUUUCUACGGCCAAAAUAGACUAUAAUUAUUCUAUGUAUAUUUCAUCGACUAUCCAACAAAAAAAUGUGUAAAGCUGAUGUCCUGCGUAAUGAAUAACUCAAUUCUAGCAAAGUUUGACAGGAGAAAACAGUGUGCCCAAAGAAAGAAAUCGUUGAAUAUUUACGAAUGAGAGAAAAUUGGAAAGGAAGAGAGUUAGGGGCGCCACACUGUAGGGCUGUCAUUAGAGUUAACAAUGUGCACAUCAACUGUAAUAUGGAGCUCGAUGUUAAGUGCUAACGCAUAUAACAAAAUUAUCAUCAAACAUAUUGAACAACAUAAGAUAUUCUAAUCCUUCCACGUCACUGUGUAGACUUUGUAAUGUUGUACUCUGUCAAGUAUUGAAUAUCAUUGACGUAUUGUAUAUGUUAUAGAAAUCAACGUAAUAUUAAAUGUGAGAGAGCGAAGCCAUAAGCAAACUCUAGUUUGUUCUCUGGACCACAUGUUUGAUUAGAAACAAACAUUUAGAAAUAUUCGAGGUUGAAGUCAUACACUAGCUAUAUUAUAUUUUGUGAUUGUGUUUCAGAGUUUGAUAAAUGCUUUAUACUUCAAUAAACUCAUUCUUUAUAAAUUUUUUUAAUGAA